AUGGAAUACGUUGGCCGGAGCCUCUACGACGUCAUCAGCGAGCGCUGCCGCCUCAACCUCCCGUUCAGCGAGUCGGAGACGCGACGCGCCAUGGCGCAGCUGCUGGCCGGCGUGGGGACGAUGCACGCCCACGGCAUCGUGCACCGCGACCUCAAGCCCGGGAACGUGCUCGUCGGAGAGCGCGACGGCCGGCUCAAGAUCUGCGAUCUCGGCCUUGCCAGGUCCGUCGCCGCACCGCCGCCGCUGGACGCGGAGCUCGAAGGCACGCCCGGAUACAUGGCGCCGGAGGUGCUCCUCUGCGAGAAGGGCUGUGGAGAGCCCGUCGACGUUUGGGCGCUGGGGUGCGUUAUGGCCGAGCUCGUCGCCGGGCAGUCGCUCUUCCCAGAAGACGACUUGUGCAAGCAGCUGGUGAAUAUCAUCUACCUCCUAGGGAUCCCCGACGAUGUGUCGUUGAUGCCGCUAGGCAUCACGGCGGCGGCGAUGAGCAAGCUGCGGGACAAGGUGCCUGAGGAGCGGCUGUCGCCGGCGGGCUUCGACGUCCUUCGCGGACUGUUGCAGUACCACCCCAAGGACAGGCUCACCGCCGCGGCGGCGCUGCAGAUGCAAUGGUUCAGUGACGAUGCUACAGCGAUGUGA